AUGCACAAGAGCGAAGAUGGUGGCUCAUUAUAUGUAAAAAUUAAUAACGGUGACUGUGUUCAAGACAGAAUCUGCAGUUUUGGCUCUAAAACAGUCAAUGAAUUGGGUGUCUAUUGUUAUAUAUUAUACGAAGAAGAUUCUACAUUGAAGAACUAUCUCCUUGAUUCAACAAUGACUUCAAGUGGAGAAGAUAUCACACAAGGGGAAGGAACAGUUUGUCUGAUUUGCGGUGAAACACAUAUGAGAUCAAUCAAUAUUUCAUAUUCAAAACUUAAUGAUUAUUGUAUCUACCAUGUUUAUAGUAGUUUUUCCUCGAAUGUGACACUUUCAACAUUUUCAAACAACACGGGCGGUCCGAUUGGUCGUCUUAUAUUAUCAGGAUCACCAGAACCUGAAUUAUAUAUUCUUUUUUGUAAUAUCUUCGAAAAUGAAGGAACUACCUUAAUUCAGAAUUUCUACGUU